AACGGACCCCUAGGGGUUGGCGGGUUCCGCGCGGCCGACGGAGACCCCAGAGGCCAGCUCUUCCUGGUCAUGAGCCAAGCGCCGCCGCGGAGGGCGGGAGCCUGUCCUUUUGGAGGCGGCUGCGCUUUAGGGCGCGCGUGGGAAACACUCGCUGGAGAGUUGGGAGGAAUUGAGACAGGAGCAGAGGGAUGAGAGGGUGGAGCGGAGUGUGCUUGGCGGGCGGGUCCCCUGAAGCCUGAAGAGUUGGUCGAAGCCGGGGCUCGAGCAAGGCUCCUACGGAAAGACUCAGGCUGACUCCAGGACGCAACCGCUUGGGGAAGGUCCCGAAGCCCACUGCCGCUGGCUCGGGGCCGCGGCAGCGAGGGUGACGCUGGCGGGGCGGUGAUGGUGGAGGAGCCGGCCGGGUCUCGGCGCCGGCCUCUCACCCGCCCGCGCGCGGCCGAGGCUCUGCGGGGCGCUCCCCGCCAGGGGGCGGCGCGGCGCGGGGCGAUCCGGCGGCGACGGGCGGCGGCGCGGCGGCCGGGGCGGUAGGGGUGCGGGCUCCGAGUCACCGACCUCACCUCACCUGGGCACGGCGUUGCCCUAGUGGAGCUUCCUGGAGUCCAGGAUCGGCGGAGUUCGGAAACGAACUUCCCGGGUUUGCUAUGUUGCCCUUUGGAGACAAAACGAGAGAAAUGGUCAAUGCAUGGUUUGCUGAGAGAGUUCACACCAUCCCAGUGUGCAAGGAAGGCAUCAGAGGCCACACCGAGUCGUGCUCGUGCCCCUUGCAGCAGAGUCCUCGUGCAGAUAACAGUGCCCCUGGAACGCCAACCAGGAAAAUCUCUGCCUCUGAAUUUGACCGGCCUCUUAGACCCAUUGUUGUCAAGGAUUCUGAGGGAACUGUGAGCUUCCUCUCUGACUCAGAAAAGAAGGAACAGAUGCCUCUAACCCCCCCAAGGUUUGAUAAUGAUGAUGGGGACCAGUGCUCAAGACUCUUGGAAUUAGUGAAAGAUAUUUCUAGUCAUUUGGAUGUCACAGCCUUAUGUCACAAAAUUUUCUUGCACAUCCAUGGACUCAUCUCUGCUGACCGCUAUUCCCUUUUCCUUGUCUGUGAGGACAGUUCAAAUGACAAGUUUCUUAUCAGUCGCCUCUUUGAUGUUGCCGAAGGUUCAACAUUGGAAGAAGCUUCCAAUAACUGUAUCCGCCUAGAAUGGAACAAAGGCAUUGUGGGACACGUGGCCGCGCUCGGUGAGCCCUUGAACAUCAAAGAUGCGUAUGAGGAUCCUCGGUUCAAUGCAGAAGUUGAUCAAAUUACCGGCUACAAGACCCAGAGUAUUCUUUGUAUGCCAAUUAAGAAUCACAGGGAAGAGGUUGUCGGUGUAGCCCAGGCCAUCAACAAGAAAUCGGGAAAUGGUGGGACGUUUACUGAAAAAGAUGAGAAGGACUUUGCUGCUUAUUUGGCAUUUUGUGGGAUUGUUCUUCAUAAUGCUAAACUCUAUGAGACUUCACUGCUAGAGAACAAGAGAAAUCAGGUGCUGCUUGACCUUGCUAGCUUAAUUUUUGAAGAACAACAAUCUUUAGAAGUAAUUCUGAAGAAAAUAGCUGCCACUAUUAUCUCCUUCAUGCAGGUGCAGAAAUGCACCAUUUUCAUAGUGGAUGAAGAUUGCUCCGAUUCUUUUUCUAGUGUGUUUCACAUGGAGUGUGAGGAAUUAGAAAAAUCAUCUGAUACUUUAACAAGGGAACGUGAUGCAAAUAAAAUCAAUUACAUGUAUGCUCAGUAUGUCAAAAAUACUAUGGAACCACUUAAUAUCCCAGAUGUCAGUAAGGAUAAAAGAUUUCCCUGGACAAAUGAAAACACAGGAAAUGUAAACCAGCAGUGCAUUAGAAGUUUGCUUUGUACACCUAUAAAAAAUGGCAAGAAGAAUAAAGUCAUAGGGGUUUGCCAACUUGUUAAUAAGAUGGAGGAGAAUACUGGCAAGGUUAAGCCUUUCAACCGAAAUGAUGAACAGUUUCUGGAAGCUUUUGUCAUCUUUUGUGGCUUGGGGAUCCAGAACACACAGAUGUAUGAAGCAGUGGAAAGAGCCAUGGCCAAGCAAAUGGUCACAUUGGAGGUUCUGUCAUAUCACGCUUCAGCAGCCGAGGAGGAGACAAGAGAGCUUCAGUCUUUAGCGGCUGCUGUGGUGCCAUCUGCCCAGACCCUUAAAAUUACUGACUUCUGCUUCAGCGACUUCGAGCUGUCUGAUCUGGAAACAGCGCUGUGUACAAUUCGGAUGUUUACCGACCUCCGCCUCGUGCAGAACUUCCAGAUGAAACACGAGGUUCUUUGCAGAUGGAUUUUAAGUGUGAAGAAGAAUUAUCGGAAAAAUGUUGCCUAUCAUAAUUGGAGACACGCCUUUAAUACAGCGCAGUGCAUGUUUGCUGCUCUUAAAGCAGGCAAAAUUCAGAACAAGCUGACAGACCUGGAGAUCCUUGCAUUGCUGAUUGCUGCGUUAAGCCACGAUUUGGAUCACCGUGGAGUGAAUAACUCUUACAUACAGCGAAGUGAGCACCCACUCGCUCAACUCUACUGCCAUUCUAUCAUGGAACACCAUCAUUUUGACCAGUGCCUGAUGAUUCUUAAUAGUCCUGGCAAUCAGAUUCUCAGUGGCCUCUCCAUUGAAGAAUAUAAGACCACUUUGAAGAUAAUCAAGCAAGCUAUUUUAGCUACAGACCUAGCCCUGUAUAUUAAGAGGCGAGGAGAAUUUUUUGAACUUAUAAGAAAAAAUCAAUUCAAUUUGGAAGAUCCUCACCAAAAGGAGUUAUUUUUAGCAAUGCUGAUGACGGCUUGUGAUCUUUCUGCAAUUACAAAACCAUGGCCUAUUCAACAACGGAUAGCAGAACUCGUAGCAACCGAAUUUUUUGACCAAGGAGACAGAGAGAGAAAGGAACUCAACAUAGAGCCCACUGAUCUGAUGAACAGGGAGAAGAAAAACAAAAUCCCAAGUAUGCAAGUUGGGUUCAUAGAUGCCAUCUGCUUGCAACUAUAUGAGGCCCUGACGCAUGUAUCAGAAGACUGUUUCCCCUUGCUAGAUGGCUGCAGAAAGAACAGGCAAAAAUGGGAGGCCCUCGCAGAACAGCAGGAGAAGAUGCUAAUUAAUGGGGAAAGCAGCCAGGCCACAAGGAACUGAGUGGCCUGUUUUAUGCAGAGUUGAGGUUUACAGUGAUGAUGUAUUCUACAGUCCGCCUAGUUUCAUUGUACACUGUACAGAUUUGGUGUAUACUUUGCCACUGCUGUAUUUUUUAUUUUUGCACAACUUUUGAGAGCGUAAGCAUGAAAUUCUUUUUAGGGGACUAUCUACCAUAUUUUCUGUAUGUGUGUUUUAUGCCACUGAACUGAGAUGAUCAACCACACCCACUCUUUGCACUCUGGUAAAGAGUGAUGUUUGUGCUGUUUUGUAUUCUGCAAAGUGCAAGUGAUAUCGUUGCACUGAGGUUUUGGGGGGAGGGGUUUUAAACACUUGGUUUUAGUUUCCUGAGUUACCAGUUUUUAAAGAAUGUUUUAAAGAAUGAAAGGAAUCUGUCUUUCCUUUCUCAAAAGUAGGCUAAGGGCAAAUUGAAAACAUUCUGUGACAUUUAAAGCCUUCCUAGGAUAGAGAAAAAUGUUGGCUGAAUGGAUUUUAAGGAGAAACAAGUAUAUGUUGUCAACAAUAUCUUAACAAAACACAAAGGCACUCUGAACCAACAUAAAGUACUGUGAGGUGGGUGCCUGUAGUUUAGUGGUUAGGGCACCAGCCAUAUGCUCUGGGGCUGGUGGGUUCAAACACGGCCCAGGUCUGCUAAACAACAACAAACAAACAACAAAAAAAAAAUAGCCAGGUGACGUGGUGGGUGCCUGUCAUCCCAGUUCCUAGGGAGGCUGAGGCAAGAGGAUCACUUGAGCCCAAGAGUUCCAGGUUGCUGUGAGCUGUGAUGCCACAGCACUCUACUGAGGGCGCCAAAGUGAAACUAUCUCUCUAAAAAAAAAAAAAGUACUGUGAGGCAGUAUUGUAGAGAUGACGUUGGUCUGACAUUUCUGUGAGAGUCACCUCAUUGGUCUGCUAUUUCUGUGAGAGAACAGACAGGAGAGAACUUUGUCAUUUUAGUGUAGUGCAUUUUCCACAGGCUACUCAUAAAGUCACUUUAUUCUCGCCUAUGUGAUGUGAAGUGGGAAACUUUAGUGGACGAUCUGGUCACUGAUCUCACUGAGGGAUGAACGUGAUCCAGAGGCAGAAUCGUAUUCCAGGCCCUAGAUGUUUGUCAGCCAAGAGAAAUGUUCUGCUGAAAGAUCACUCUAAAAGUCUUUUUCCUUCUGAACUUCUUUCUAAAUGUUUCUCAUCUUUUACUUCCUUACAAUCCAUAGUUUAUAGGGCAAAAGCUUAAAUCCUAACAAGACAGUGAGAAAAAUGUGAUACAGGAAGUCCCCAAGUUACAAACAUCGACUUAGUACAACUCACACUUAAGAUUGGAGGCUGUCACAGGUAAUAGGUAAAUGUACCUGUUCCAACUUACAUACAAAUUCAACUUAAGAACAAAGCUACAGAACCUAUCUUGUUUGUAUCCCAGGGACUGCUUGUAAUUGGAUCAUGACCUAAAGUGAGGCAUGAUUUAUAGAUAAAAGGCUAUAAAAUGAACUUUUCCCUCUGUCAAAUAAAGUUUUAACUACAUCACCAGCCUAGGGCUAUUACCAAUACUGGGGUCAAAAGAUGAAUUCAAGGGAGCAGUAAGGUAAGAAACCUUCUCCCUGAAUAAAACGUAGCAGUAUUGUCAUUAAGAAACUGCUCUGUUUUCAUGUAUAGGACAAGUCAACCCAGAAUCAGAGAUGUUAGGAUGUGUAUCCUAAACACUGGUCUUUAGCUGAUAGUGGUUUUUUAGCAUUUAGUACAGCUAACACUUUUAUAGAACUUGAGCCCAUUUAAGUGGAUUACUAUUGAACACAUUCAUUCAAUAUUGUAAAAUUAGAUAAUGAAUUGAGCAACUAGGCUAGGAAAGGAAAAUUGGUUCCAAAUAUUCAAGAAUGUUUGGAUUUGGAAAAAAUAGAAAAACCAUUUGUUUGAUUUGUUAACUUCUUCUACCUACUCCCCCCAAAAGAUAUUCAACCUGAGUUUUUAUCACUAAUUUGGAUAGAAAAUUUCUCGGGGAUAUAGUAAUUCAGCAUUCUCAAAGACCUUUCACCAAAUCAUGAUUUCCAUUUAUGUCCUUUCCCCUCUAAACUUUGCCUAAAACUUCACAUGUAUGCUGUUUUUUAAAUCCUGAGUGCAUAUAUAUAUAUACACAUAAGGUGGUGGCUUUUUUCUUAAAAUUCGGUUUAAAAAAAGCAAAUUGUACUGCCAUUAUCUUGUAGUGGUAAAGGCUAAUUUAAGAUGUUGUCAACAGUUUAAUGCUAUAUGCAUUCUUGUACUUUCAGGAUGUUAUUUUUAUGUCAUACAGAUGAAAUCUGUAAGGUUGUCUCUUGGUGCUGAUGUGUAAAUUACACAGACCGUCACUAAAAUGAGAUCUACAAACUGGUAUACACUUAUGCAUGCAUACUUAAUUCCUUUAGUAUAGAAAAAUUGUUGAAAGAAUAGCAAUCUUUAAUACAUUUUUUAUCACGCACAUUGUGAUUUAGCAAUUAUGCUAAAAUAUGUAGUUAUAUAUUUUAGUAGUUUGUUUAGACCCCUCUAAUAUAUGUCACUGAGCAUUUUUUGUAAACGUGGAUUUGUAUGUGUGUCAUUUUAAUAAGCAAUAAGAUAUAUUUAGAUUAGAAAUUGUUUAUUUGGCUUGCCUUUGGAUAGUGGUUUAUUUCACUUAGUAGUUUAGACAUUAAAAGAAGUUGGGCAAUGCCGUACCUAUUUUAUUUUAUUAUUCAGUAUUUUAGUUCAUACAGAAGAGGUUCUUCAUAAAGAACUCCUUUAGGACUGGUUAAUUGGUUCAAAUAAUAUUUAAUUUGUAGGAAAAUUAUUCCUUACAUGAGUUAAUAUCUGUGGUUCAUGGGCACAAAUCAAAGUUCUUGCUUUUAUGCGAAUAUUUCCUUUCGUAUCUUCUCAAGUUAGAAAAAAAUACAGUCUUCCCUCACCCAACCCCAUAUUUAUAUUACCCAUAACUAGCCAGAAGUUGUUCUAGAUUGUUUCGUUAGAGCAGAGUAACGUGAUAUCAUUUAAUUUCAGUUGGCAGCCAGAAAAGUCCCCACUAUUUUACUAUUUUACUAACUUGUUAAAAGAUGUCUAUAAAAUGCCCAGCCUUAUAUUUUUCAGUGAAUUGGCCUUUGCCAAUCACAGUUCUGAAUGAGCUUGUAUAAAUCAUUUAACCUGUAUGCGCCUGAACACAUUGUACUUUUAAAGGGGUUGUAUUUGGGCAAAGCGUUUGUCUUCACAGAGAAUGUCACAGAAGGCAGCUAUACUGCACAGCCCCAAUGGACCUCAGAGACCAUUGUCAGACACGGGAUGUUGGUCUAGAGAGCAGAUGAUCUAAUCCCACGUGUCAUUUCUCCUCUUGAGUUUCCAAGACUGAAGAAAACAAAGACAGUAAGUUCAUCAGCUUCACAUCCAGAUCACUAGUGAAUAUGAGAGUUCAGGCUCUUUGAGUACCUUGCCUCAGGACACAAACCCAGGGUGGUGAACGUUGUUGUCAUGAAUCUGUUCAUUAUGAGAAUUAAUUUCCUUUCAUAGGAGUAAUGGAGAUAAGAAAGUAUAUGAAAAUAUACAGAAAAUGCUGGAUUGUUAGAGGAAACUGGUCACAGUUCUUUGCUUGCCUGGCGUAAAGUGCCUUUAUUUUCAGUGUAGAGUAUAAAUAUCAGACAUGUCCCAAUUUGAUUUAUAACUUCUUGUAUUUUUCACCAGAUUUUACUCUUAAAACUCAACAGGCCAUCACAAGCAGUGCUUUCUUUUUUUAUGAGAAUAGUUUAAGGUGAGAGAAGGAAGAGUGUAAUCGCCACCCUCUCUUGUGAAGAGCUGUAGUUACGGUGGCACAGUCUAAUAGCUCACCAUCAAACAUGCGUCAAUCAAGCCAUCUUUCAUUGAGUCCCUGCCACAUAUUAAGUACUGUGCUCUGCCGUGGAGACAGAGCAGUGACCUCAAGGAGCUCAGAGUCUAUGCAGGAGGUGCUGGGUAAAAGACUUUUAACAGCUUCUCAUACUGCCAAUUUAGCAUGAAAACUUAGGGUACGUGAUGUCACUUUGAUUUUCAUCUAUAACAUAAGUAUCAUGCACUUUCUUUACCUGAAACAUAUUAAGAAACUACCAGUGAACAUACAUCCUGUGUUCUUGCAAGGAUGAACCACUUAACCUGUUGAUAGUUAAAGAACACCUUAUGUGUGGAAUCAUAUAUUCUUCUAUAUAGACUUUUUUUUUCAUAUUCUAGCCAGGUAGAGAUUACUCAUUUCUCUUGGACUGUUCUCUUGCACAUGGUUUUGGACCCCUUCUGCUCUACCCCAAGGAGCGAAGAAGAAAGUACUAAAGCUCACUUUGCCAUUCCAUUUACUUAUCAAAAGCCUGUGUGAACAUGUCUUAAUGAAUGUUGUUGAAAGCCAUGUAAAUAGUUGAAAAUAUAAAUUUCUAUUAGUUUAAGAAAACAUUGUGAAUCAUCACUAGCCACUGUUAAUAUCUAUUUGUAUUCUUAUACCUUUUCAAUAUUUUUGAACAAAUAUAUAGUUUCUGGCACUAUUUUUAUACUAGGAAAAAGAGUUACUAUGUAUAUUAUGUUUAACUAGGUCAUUUUAAAUAAUCGUGAAUGUUGAUUUCAUUUCUUUCCUCUCCUCUGCCGUGAGUAUCAUUUCAGAUGACUCUUCCGUGACAAAAUCACUUUAAAGGACACUUAAACACCUCCGAUCCUGGUAAAGUUAUGUAUGAGACAGUCAGCAUGGUUUUCCAUUGUGCAAACUCUUCACCUGUCAAUUGUUCCCUUAUUUUGCCAUGCUUUGUAAAAAUAAAAAGGAGAAUAAAUAAGUAGGUAUG